AUGGCGCCUGAAACAUAUGACUUUGCAAACGACUUCAAGACCCUUUACAUACCAAAGCAAAAACCUGAACCAGCUCCUGUGGCCGAAAACAUGAAGGCGCUGAUCCAAAGCUACCCACCUUUGAGCCAGGUAACGCCAGUGGAAAGCUCUGACGGCGUCUCAUUCACUGCUUUAUUGGAGAUACCAAAGUUUCGAGCUGAAGAGAGCUGGGAACUUUCUCUCUGGCAUUCUAUUGAUGGAGAAGACUGGACCGACGGUGAAAUACCUAGGAUAAAGAGCGCCGAUGCGCCUCAAGCUCUCCAUAUCGAUUCAGAAGGCGUCUCUAGGAUAUACUUUGCAACAAAGUUGUCUUUUAAUAAGUCUUUACAAUUUACUAUCAAGUUUCGCCCCAAUGUCAAUGACCCCUGGAGAUGGAUCCGUGAUGAGCAAGGGGUGGAGGAUGGCCACAUUGUGCUACUUCCCGCUCCCACCGAGUCUGACAAUUUGACCGACCUUAUUUAUGGACUUGAUCCGGCGUGGAAGGUUACAUCUCGCAUGAGCCAAGCACCAAAAACUCAACUAUGGACUCUUGAGACUGCAGUACCUCCCGGAGAAAACGAUUUAUCUUCGUACACUGAUGUUGAGCUGGGAACACCUUGGGGUUCUUUUCUUAGGUGGUUUGCUAUUGUUCGACUUUGGUCUCCUUGGUUAGCACCACGCCAUGGAAAGACACACUUCUCGCUUGAUAAAGAUGCAAUACUGUUGGCUUUCCAGAGCCCAGAAGGCAGAAACAUGGUUCUUCUCGCUGUCUCUGGUAUAAAUGAUUUAGUGCCAGUUUUCCAACACACUCCCAGUGGCGCUGUCUCGGUAAAUGUGCGAAACGACUCACUUACAGAUGAGAAGGUUGUUAUUCUCGUGUCCGAGGGAAACGACUUCGAAAGAGCCGUUGCUGCCGUGAUGUACCACGCAAGGACCCUUGUUAUGAGGGCACGGAGCACAAACCAAGCUCUGGAGACCGAAUUAAAGACUCUUGCUGAUGCAGUUCGGCCAGAGUGGCUCGAAAACUGGUAUGAUGGGCUUGGCUUCUGCACAUGGAAUGCACUUGGUCAAAGGCUCACUGAGGGAAAGAUCCUUGACGCAAUUGACAAACUGGAAAAGCACAACAUAAACAUCACGUCUCUGAUAAUUGAUGACAACUGGCAGUCGAUUGACUACCAAGGUCCUAGUCAGUUUCAAUACGGAUGGGUCGAUUUUGAGGCCGAACCACAAGGCUUUCCAAACGGCCUCAAGGCAGCCAUCACGAAAAUCCGACAGAGAAGCCCAAAUAUCCAACACAUUGCGGUUUGGCAUGCAUUGUUAGGAUACUGGGGCGGUAUCUCACCUGAUGGGAAGCUCGCCAAGAAAUACAAGACAGUUGAAGUGGUUCGCGAGGAAGCUAAACGACGCAAUCUACCACUUGGCGGCAAGAUGACGGUAAUUGCCAAGGAAGACGUUCCCCAAUUCUAUGAAGACUUUUACAAAUUUCUCUCCGAUGCUGGUGUUGAUGGCGUCAAAACAGACGCGCAGUUCAUGGUUGACAUGUGGCUCAGCGCUUCCGUCAGACGCGAGCUCAUCAACACAUAUCUGGAUACGUGGAAUCUCACUUCUCUUCGCUACUUCAGUGUCAAGGCUAUUUCAUGCAUGUCGCAGAUCCCACAGGCGCUGUUCAAUUCUCAGAUGCUGCCAAAUCGGCCUGCUUUGCUUGUUCGCAAUUCGGAUGACUUCUUCCCGCAAAUUCCCUCGUCUCACCCUUGGCAUGUGUGGACAAAUGCCUACAACAGUAUUUUUAUGGAGUAUUUGAACGUUCUUCCUGAUUGGGAUAUGUUUCAAACGGUGCAUGAUUACUCUGGUUUUCACGCUGCCGCGAGAUGUCAAAUGACGGGUGUGACUCCCAAGGGGAAAACUGUCAUCUUCCGACCAAGUGUUCUAGGAAAGUCCAUUUAUCCUUAUAUUGGCUAUGAUGACGAUUUGCUCCUCAAGGUUGGCAGCUAUCAUGGAGCAUCGGAGACUGGCACAUCCAUGGUUGCCAUAUUCAACAUCUCAGCACGCCCCCUCACCGAACUCAUACCCCUUUCCUGCUUCCCAGGCACAGUCCCAUCUCUGCAUUAUGUUGUACGAGCCCAUGUAUCAGGAAAGACAUCGACGCCUAUGAACAUUGGGGACCCAACUUCGCUCAUCGCCGGAUCUCUAGAUGUGCGAGGGUACGAGAUUCUCACAGCGUUCCACGCUGUACCUCUGACAGGUCAGAAACACGGAGACAUGUGGGUGGCGAAUCUCGGGCUUAUUAGCAAGAUGACCGGAGGUGUGGCCAUCGAGGCCAGCAGUGUUGCCCUGAAGGAGAACGGAAGAGUGUUGGUUGAUGUCAAGUUGAAGGCUUUGGGAGUUUUCGGUGUUUAUAUCUCUGCAUUACCCGGUCUGACCCUCAAUGAAGACUUUGUCGUUAUGCUUCAGGAUCAGGCGGUUCCAGUAGAGACUGUGCGUGUCUCGCAAAACGAUGAACAUGUACUUGAAGUAGACAUCGAGAAAGCUUGGGCGGAUAUGAAGCUGGAGCCUGGACUAAAGGACGAAGUCGAAGUCAAGGUCAGCUUUGCUAGUUGA